AGGGAAUAAGGGAGAGAAAGGGAGGAAGUUCACACACGUAUGUUUGUCCGACACAGCCUGGGCCAGAACUCGGCACAGUGGCAAGUCUGUACGUCUGAGCAGUGGCAUAGCAGAGCACAGGGAGCUGCCCAGAGACUGCCUGUCUGCACGGACAGACAAGGAUAGGGAGGACUCCACUCAACAAAAAUAUGGCUAAAUCUCUACCUUACAUCUGCCUUUUAGGCAUUCUCUCUGGGAUUGCCUAUUCAUCGUCUACUGCCAGACUUGGAGAACAGCACCAGACCUUGUUGAAAGUUUGUGCGAAAGGAUUUUUCCUCAGCGAGCAAAACAAAUGCUUGCCAUGUAACUGCAAAGGCCAUGCAACUCACUGUGAGGACAUCACUGGCAUCUGUAGGAAUUGCAAAGAUCACAGUACUGGUGAUUUCUGUGAAAUGUGUGAAGACGGCUACUUGCUGGCACAGAGUCCGGCUGGACGCCAUAGCUGCCAACCCUGCGCCUGCCCUCUCUCUGUGCCCUCAAACAAUUUCGCAGUGCAUUGUAACAGACGUGGUGACGUUCAACGGUGCAAAUGCAAAGAGGGCUAUGCUGGACACAUCUGUGAGAGGUGUGCACCAGGGUACUAUGGCAUGCCGAUGACAAUUGGUGGUUCUUGCAAGCGAUGUGACUGUAAUGACAAUUCUGACCCAAACCUGAUCUUCAAUUGGUGCCACAAUGUGACCGGCCACUGCCAGCAUUGCUGGGGUAACACUGCUGGGCCCAACUGUGAGAGGUGUGCUCAAGGUUUCUACGGUGAUGCCAUCGGCGCCAAGAAUUGCAGAGAGUGUGAGUGCAAUGAAUGUGGUACAUCCUCGUGCGAUGACAGGACAGCAGUGUGUCACUGUAAACCAGGCGUCACUGGGCGACUCUGUGACCGCUGUGAGGAGGGUUACUCAGGUUUCUCCAGCUGCCAGGGCUGUCAGAGAUGUGAAUGUGGGCCAGCUUCUCUACGUCCCACCUGCCACCCACUCACUCACAGCUGUUUGUGCCGCCCGGGUGCCGGAGGUCGUUACUGUGAGAGGUGUCUCCCAGGCCAUUGGGACUAUAACCCCUCUGGCUGCAAGCGGUGUGACUGUAAUAGCAGCCAUUGUGAUAUGCACACUGGAGAGUGCCUACCAGAGCCUGCAACAGUUAAUCUGUGCAAUAUCAGUUGUGAUGAAUGCAUCUGGCAUGUAAUCGGAGACCUGCGGCAGUCGAACAAAACACUCGACCAUUUGAGGGUUGGAGUGUUGAACAUCUCUACUGGGGCUGCUGUUAACGACAGAGUUAAAUACUACAAUUAUACUGCUCAUCACCUACAGAAUCAGUUUCAAGGCUGGAGGAACAGGUUGUCAGCAAUAAAGUCUGAGACUGAGAGGGUGGAAGACUCGACACAGGACGUGGUCUCAUACAUCAAACAGCUUGAUGAAUCGGUAAGCAAAGCAAGGACUUUGGGAAGCCAGCUGGACAAGAAUACACUGCAGACCUUAACAUUGGCUGACAAUUUCAGCAAAAACGUCACUGCUCUCAACACGCGCAUUGAAGAUAUGAUCAAUGAAUGGGAGAUCUAUAGUGUUUACCAGGAAAUGGACCCCGAGGUGGCCAGACGCAACACAGAGGAAGCCUUGAGUUUUGUGAGCGAAAUGAGAAAGCUGGACUUGUCUGCACACGGGCCCAUCACCAUUGAAGAGUCAACAGAAGCCCAUGACUUGCUCAGACGUAUUCGUCAGUUGGAGAAGAAGUCAUUGAUUACACACGGCCAUCUCCCCCCACUCAACUUGGCUUUGUCUCGCUUCACUACAAAGCUGUCUGACGCUCAGACCUUCCUCCAGACAGCAGCCAGAACAAUCGAGGAGACGCAGGACAGGAACAGAGCCAAUAUCCUUAAAUUCCAGAGGAAUGAGGCCAAACAGCAGAGGAUGGCGACAGAGUUCACAGCAAUUCAUAAUACCACAGAAGAAGCCAAAGACCUGAUUUCUAAAUCAUACGCGACUGUGGCUGAAGUGGAUAUGUUGGUGCAGAAUAGUACACACUACCAUGCUGCAAUUGAUGGCGCUGGGCAAAAACUGAUGGAGAAGAUGGAAACACUCUCAUUGGCUGAUAUAGACUUGGUUCAGAGGGCAGAUGAGCAUGCUGAAGAGCUGGAACGACAAGCCACCACACUGGAAGAGGAUCUGAGAGAGAGUGAUGCCAAUGGCUUUGUACAGAGGGCCAUCAGUGCUGCCAACGUCUACACUAACAUUGUGAAGUACAUCAAUGACGCUAAUAUUACAUCACUUACCACUUUGAACUUGUCCCACACAGCAGAUGAUUCCACCAAGGAGAUCAACAUGCAGCUUAAGGGUCUGGUGGUAAACAGCGACAAUGUGUUCAAGGAGUCAGUUUCAUUGCAUUCUGAAGAAAUAGAGGUAACAGCCGAGGUGGCUGACAAGUUGAAGUUCCUUGAGGAAACGAAACAGACCUUGAAUAAGAACACCAAAAAACUGGAAGAAAUAGUGCUGGACAUUAAUGAGUUUCAGACAGACAGAACCCCUCAGCGACUGGAGUAUACACUCAAAGUGGCCGAGGAAACUUACAACCACUCAGCAGAAGUGCUUAAGACCAUAACCCCUAUCAGUAACAAAGUGGAGGAAUGGGCCAGUAAUCUGAGCAACAAUAAAUACUCUACCACUGCAUAUGAGCAAGCCAUCGUCUCUGCAAGGGAAUCAGUGGAGAACCUAAAUGUUCUUGUUCCUGAGCUGUUGGAAAAGCUGAAGGUUGUUGAGGACAAGAAGCCUGUGAACAACAUAACGGCAAACGUCAUGAGAGUCAGAGAGCUGAUAGCGCAGGCCAAGAGUGUGGCAAAGAAGGUUCAAGUGUCAAUGAAAUUUAAUGGUCAGUCAUCAGUGGAGGUUCAUCCGGACACCAAUCUGGAAGACCUGAAGACAAUGACGUCUAUCAGCUUUUACAUGAGAGUGGACCCAGACAAGGAUCCAAUAGAGGACCGCUUUAUUCUAUAUCUGGGCGACAGAAAGGGUCAGAAAGACUACAUGGGACUGGCAAUCAAGAAUGAUAACUUGGUGUACAUGUACAACCUUGGUGGUGAAUACGUUGAAAUCCCACUGAGUUCGAAGCCGGUCAGCCAAUGGCCUGCUGUCUUCAACUACAUUAAAGUAGAGAGGUUGGGUCGACAUGGGAAAAUCUACCUAAUCCUCCCAAGCCAAAGCUCCACGGAUGAACAGAAGUUCAUACAGAAAGGCGAGGCUCCAGGCACCGAUUCACUAUUUGACAUAGACCCAAAAGAUAUGGUAUUCUUUGUUGGGGGUGUCCCACCGGAUGCAAAGCUCCCUCCUCCAUUGAGUCUUGCUCCUUUUGUGGGUUGCAUCGAGUUGGCUUCACUUAACAAUGAUGUCAUCAGUCUAUAUAAUUUCAAAAAAACUCACAAAAUGGAUGUGGUUGCAUCCACGCCAUGUUCCAGAUACAAGCUGGCUUUCUCCAAGAGUCGUAUUGCCAGUUACUUGUUUGAUGGAAAAGGCUAUGCACUGAUCAGUAACAUCACGCAGAGGGCGAAAUUCGGUUAUGUCACAAGAUUUGAUAUUUCAGUGCGAACAGUUGUGAACAACGGUGUUCUUUUCAUUAUGGUCAAUGCCGAUAAAUUCUUUCUUUUGGAAAUAAAAAAUGGAUUCCUGCGGCUUAUGUAUGACUUUGGCUUCAACGAUGGGCCAAAACUUAUGGAAAAUAACAUACCAAAGUUAAAAAUUAAUGAUGCAAGAUAUCAUGAGGUAUCAGUGAUUUAUCAUCAAUCAAAGAAGGUUAUCCUCCUGGUGGACAAGAGUCAUAUCAAAUCUAUGGAAAAUCCGAAAACCACUUUGCCAUUCUCAGACAUCUACAUAGGGGGGGCUCCCUCACACAUUCUCCACACCAGGCCUGAGUUGUCUGCUGUGGUUAACCUCAAAGGUUGUGUCAAAGGUUUCUUGUUCCAAAAAAAAGACUUCAACCUGUUAGAGCAGCCUGGGACCAUAGGCGUCAGUAGUGGCUGUCCUGAGGAGUCUUUUGCAUCACACAAAGCCUAUUUCACGGGUGAAAGCUACCUCGGAUCCUCGGCAAAGAUUUUCCCAUUUGACAAUUUUGAAGGUGGCCUCAACUUUAAAACAUUACAACCCAAUGGACUCCUGUUGUACCACGAGGAUGGGCCUGAUGAAUUCAGCAUUUCGCUUGAGAAUGGAGCAGUGGUGAUGAACACACAUGGAACAAGAGUUAGAUCACAUAAGAAACAGUAUAAUGAUGGAAAGAGUCAUUUCUUAUUGGCCUCGGUGAACCAAACAACGUAUCUAUUGUUGGUGGACGAUAAAGACAAGCAGGAGAAGAAACGCCCUGCAUCAGUCACUACAUCCUCCUCAGUUUCUUCUCUGAAGAGCUUCUACUAUGGGGGGUCUCCAAACAGCAGCUUCAAGAAUUUAACAGGCUGCAUCAGCUAUGCCUACAUAAACAGACAGGACCGAGACAUUGAGCCAGAGGACUUUCAGCGAUACACGAACAAUGUCCAAACUUUCCUGCAAGACUGUCCAGUACAAGAGACUCCUGUUGCUCUCUUAUCAAAACUCAGGGAUGACAAACAAAAAGUUAAACAGAGGCAAUCACAAAAGGUUAGCAGAGAUGAGUCCGGCCUCCCUCGUAAUGUGGUGCAAUUCAGAAGUGAAGGCCAGAAAUCAUUGAACCUGAACAUUGCUUCUUGCCAACUGUCCUCAAGUCCUGAAGCAACCCAGCAUGCCUAUCAAUAUGGCAACUUCGCCAACAGUAGACAGCACUACAGAGAGCUCCCAGAAUCAUUUUCUGAGAGGUCCAACUUUUCCUUAUCCCUGAAGACCAAGACAUCAUUUGGCCUAAUUUUUUAUGUAUCUGACUCUCAAGAAGAAAACUUUAUGGCUCUGUUCCUGGCCAACGGUAAACUUGUAUACACCUUCAAUGUGGCAGAUAAACGAGUCGAAAUGCGGAGCAAGGAAAAUUACAACAGUGGCGCAUGGCAUGAGGUCAUUUUUGUCCGCGAUGGGAAUAUGGGAAAACUAAUAGUUAAUGGGCGCACAGCACUGGAAGACAGAGUUGAAGGCAACGGCUCAUUUCAUGUCAGCAGUCCUCUCUAUUUUGGAGGAGUGCCUUCAGGGCGAGCGCAAAAAAAUAUUCAGAGUAAUUCACUCAACAGCUUUUCUGGCUGUUUGAAGAACAUUCUGCUGAAUGGACAGAGGUUAUCAUCUGUGGAUGAGACAUUUGGGGUCACUCCAUGUUUUGAGGGAUUGACUGAAACAGGAACAUUCUUUGCAAAGGAAGGAGGCUACAUACUUUUGGAUACAUUUGACUUGGGACCCACAUUUCAGCUGGCGAUGGAGGUGCGGCCCCGUGUUGCAUCCGGUGUGUUGCUACAUGUGCGCAUAGCAGAGGGCUACUUCACAAUGUACAUUCAUCAAGGAGCAGUGGUGGUGAUUGUAAGUGAUGGGACACAGGAGUUAUUCACAAGGGUUUCUCCAAAACACGGUCUCUGCGCUGGCAACUGGCAUAAAAUCACCGUGAUGAGAGAUACCAACAUUCUCCAGUUGGAUGUGGACGUUGAGGUCAAUCGUGUGGAUGGAUUCCUCAAUCUUCACACCGCAAUCACCAAAAGGCCUAUUUUCAUCGGUGGAGCGCCAGGCCUCUACCUCUCAGACAGCCAUGUAACCAAGGAGCCUUAUGUAGGCUGCAUUAGGAACAUGAUGCUCAACAGCAGCAGAGUGAGGUUCAACAAAGCAGCUCUGAUCCGUGGAGCAGUCAGUCUAGGGACAUGUCCAGCCGUGUAAUAACCAAUACCAAUACUAAAUGUAUAAUCAUUAAAGCCAACCACUGUCCUUAUAUUUACUCUUUGUAUGGUGCAGGUAUAUGUUUGUAUUAAAGAAAUGUGUAACAAGUUAAAAAAUAACACCAAAAACUAAUGUAUCAAUCUAAACUCAAUGGAAACAAUACUCUGCCCUUCUACUUCCUUUAUCAAAUUCCAAGUGCAUUGUGUGCUUUCACAAAAUACACACAUUAUUUUAACGUCACAUUAGGUUUUAAACCCUUUUCAUCUUCCGCUGUUGCCAUUUCUAAUAUAAAGUAGCGUAAAGUUCUUACUUAUAUCUAUCUGUUAGUAGACUAGCUAUCAAAGCGCUAAAAACUGUAGUGGGUUUACAUAAUUCACCCACUGAACUUUAGUUAUUAGAAAGUUUCGGUUGGACACAUUUCCGGCAUUGAUGUUGCACUAGUGAGCCACGGAUGAGGAGAUGCUGCUCCGUUAUUCAUUCAAGUAAAGUCUGAAUGUCAUUAAAACAGUUAGCUCCAUCUUUUGACAUUUCUUCCACUACCGUCCUUGCAUGCUACACCGCUACAACAAAGAAGACGGGGAAAAGACACUGCUGACGGUGAGUCACGUAAAUAAGACCGCCCACAAUACAGGGCAUCCUGAAGCGACUGUCAGAAAGCGGCUUGAAGAUGAUCUGUAAAACAUCAUCUAUGCAACAUUUUGACCAAAGAACCACCAUUACAUGUUAUGUAAAACCACAAGAAAGUGUUUUACAUUUAGAAAAAAUCAUAAUAUGACCCCUUUAAUGCCUCUUAUAAUCCGGUGCGCCUUUUGUAUGAAAAUAGACCUGACUAGACCCGCUCAUCGGCAGUGCACCUUUUAAUCCGGUGCGCCCUAUGGUCCGAAAAAUACGGUACAUUUGGAUGAAGGUAGAAAGAAAGCAAACUGGAGACUGAACAUUGAAAUGUUAAACAAUGAGGUACGUAAACAAUUAAUAGUAAAGGAAUAUAAUGAUUUUGUAUCAAUUAAUGAUACCAGCAAAGUUAGUGCAACACUUGUCUAUCUUCUGGCAAGCUCAUAGCCUAACCUGCAUGUCAGAAAAAACUAAAAUGUAAAUCAGGAUGUGAUCUGGAAAAAAGACUCAAAGCUCGAGAAAAAUUGCAUAGCCAUAAUAAAGAUACCUCGCUAAUAGUUCUAAGGCGACCUAUUAAACAGGACAUAGAUCAAAUACAUAGGGAAGACUUUAUAAGGUAUAUGAAACAGUGGUAUUACGAAGCCAAGCCAGAAGCCGCAAAAAUAUCGGCCUGGAGACAACAGGGAGAGAGGGCAAUUCAUAAGAUUAAGGAUCCAAAUACAAAUAAACUGAGAACCAAAUAAAGUAAAAUACAGAUUUUUUUUAAAUCACUAUUCAGCAUUGUACACACAGAUAGGGAAAACUAACAGUGACCAAAUUGAUACAUUUUUGAAUCCAUUAUAUAUUCCUUCACGAGGUAAGAUCCACAAUGACAACUAGGAGACAUUCUAGAUUUGGAAAUCAACAAAGCAAUCUCCGCUUUAAAGACGAGUAAAUCUCCAGGCACGGAUAGUUAGACAGAUAGUACUUUAUUGAUUCCUUCCGGAGAGUUCCCUCAGAAAAAUUAAAACCGCUACCCAAUGGAUGGUAUAAGCUGAUGAGAGAACAGCUCCUGUUUUUUUAAAUAAUGUCAAGGGUGGUGCUCCACCUCCCUAUUAAGGAGGCCUUUAUCUCCGUAAUCCAUAAAGAAGGUAAAAAUAGAUUAGAUUGCAAAUUUUAAAGACCGUGUUUUCAAUGUGGUUAUAAACUCUUUACAUCAGUCCUGACGAGGAGAAUGGUAUAGCUAAUGUCGUUUCUCAUACAGUGAAGGGGAUUCAUAUGACCCCAUUCGUGGCGGUUUACCUGACACAUGAAACGUGACAAAUUGGGCCAGAGGGGUGCACUAUCCACUUUAGCCGCCAGACCCCACAAGAGUGUUGAAUAUCUUAAAAUGUGUUGAAUAUGUUACGGUUGGGUGGUUGCAUGGUUAUGCGCGGAUCAUUUCCUCAAGAUGCAGACGGAACUCCUGAGGCAUUGUGCAUGUAGGACAAUGAUUUAUUAUUCAUAAAUCAGGCAAAAUACAAAAGUACAGGAAAGUGUGCCGAUAGCACGGUAAGCUCAGGAAAAAGCUAGCAGGAAAGCUUAGCAUAAAAACAGGAAUCAGAAGCUAGGAUUUACCAACGUAAUUUUUGCAUGAAGCAAACAAAACAGCCAGACCGGGGUGUGGCGAAAGGCAGGAAUAAAUAGCUCUCUGAUUAGUGCCCGGGAGAAGGUAAGCGUCCCGAACACUAAUCAGAGGCAGGUGGAAAUAAUCAGCACCCAUGGCAACCAAGAAACACAAACCCAGAGGUUCUGAAACAGAACUAAGAGAGUCUUAAACUGAAGCAAAAUAUGAUCCGGGCAACGGAUCAUCACAGAAUAUCCUAAACUUUUAUGGCAAUUCCAACUUUGAGUGGGGCCUUCCAUCAUUUUCAGCUGCCUGUAACGCGAGAUCCACCCAGGAAUUUGGCCAUAUGAAUUCCUUCCCUACGGUAGAUGGCGAUCAGACAGGUUUCAUCAAAGAUCAACAAAUACAUGACAACAUACGCCGAACCAUCUGUGUUGUUAAUCAUGUUUUAACGUUAAAUUCCAGUCCUCUUAAGCUCGGAAGCUGAGAAGGUUUUGACUCUGUUGGCUUGCAAUUUUUUUAACCAAAUACUGGGCUGUUUUGUUUUUUCCAAACAGUUUAUACUGUGCAUUAGGGUCUUAUAUACAUCUCCAACUGCAAUGAUUCAAAUAAA